AUCGAGGGACAGUCGUAGCAUCAGCACCAGUGGUGUCGGCGGGAUGGAGACGGUAAAACCGCUGCAGACUGAUAUUGAAAACAUACCGAAGAUUAAAGGCCCCGUGAUCCAACAGAGAUAGAGGGAAGGAGGAGGCUGUAGAUCUGGGCGGACGCCAGCGUUGGAAGGUUUAAAUGGGACAAAAGGAGGAGUGUCUGGAAAAGAAGCUCACGACGCGUACAUGUUCCGGUCCAGCCUUGAGAAGAAGAGACUGUGUGAAAAAUGCCUCUCUUUUUUUAAAAAGACACCCAUCACUCGCCCCUAAAGCAGCCCAUUAUUGAUAAUUAAUGUCAAGCAUCACAUGGGAGCAGCAUAAUGCUGCUUUGCUGGAAAUACCACCACUAAUGGGAAAUAAAGCACUUCAAAUUCAAUGCCCUAAACUCGAGUGAAUGCAGCAUAAUGCCUUCAAAGGUCUCCUGCCUGUAUGUUUUGACAGUUGUUUGCUGGGCAAGCGCUCUGUGGUACUUAAGCAUAUCACGGCCCUCAUCUUCCUACGUGGGCCAGCUGUCUGUGCCUAUUCGCAAGACAGUGAAGCACAAGAACACCACCUUCAGCAACAUCCGGACCCGCCCACUGAACCCCCACGCCUUCGACUUCAUCAUCAACGAGCCCAAGAAGUGCGACGCAGAAGGCCCGUUCCUCGUCAUCCUCAUCAGCACCACGCACAAGGAGUUCGAUGCCCGGCAGGCCAUCCGGGAGACCUGGGGGGACGAGAGCACCUUCAGCGACAUCCGCAUCGUCACCCUCUUCCUGCUGGGGAGGAACACCGACGCCGUCCUCAACCAGAUGGUGGAGCAGGAGAGCCAGAUCUUUCACGACAUUGUGGUGGAGGACUUCAUCGACUCCUACCACAACCUCACCCUCAAGACCCUGAUGGGCAUGCGCUGGGUGGCCACCUUCUGCCCCAAGGCCAAGUACGUCAUGAAGACGGACAGCGACAUCUUCGUCAACAUGGACAACCUGGUCUACAAGCUCCUCAAGCCCACCACCAAGCCCAGGAGGAGGUACUUCACCGGCUACGUGAUAAAUGGGGGCCCCAUCCGGGACAUGCGCAGUAAGUGGUACAUGCCCCGGGACCUGUACCCCGACAGUAAGUACCCCCCGUUCUGCUCGGGAACGGGGUACGUCUUCUCUGCCGAUGUGGCCGAGCUCAUCUACAAGACGUCCCUCCACACCAGACUGCUGCACCUGGAGGACGUGUACGUGGGGCUGUGUCUGAGGAAGUUGGGCAUCCACCCCUUCCAGAACAGCGGCUUCAACCACUGGAAGAUGGCCUACAGCCUCUGCAGGUACCGCAGGGUCAUCACCGUGCACCAGAUCUCCCCCGAGGAGAUGCACAGGAUCUGGAACGACAUGUCCAGCAAGAAGCACCUCAGGUGCUGACGGCAUCCCGAGGACGGCCUCUCACCCCUCCUCACUCUCUCUCUCUCCCUUGUUUUUAACUUUUGCUUUCAUCAGCAGUGAUGUCAGUGGCGUAAUCACAGGGCGGUCCUUCUGGUCCUCUCGUUUUUCACCCCGACGUCCAGCCAGAUCUGGGGCCCCCCCAUCUCCGUUAGUGAGCCCGGCUGCUGCGGGUGCACAAUCCUCACACGAACAAAC